CGUGCGGGGCUCGGCGCGACGCCGUGGGACGGGUGGCGGCGCGGCCGAGCGCGGCGUCUGGGCCAGCCCGCGCCGUCGCCGCGCGUUCCCCGCGGUCGCCUCCGGCGCAGUUCCCCACGGCCGAGGGGGGCGCCCGGCGCGGCGGCACCUGCUGCUGAAGGGACCCCGCGGCCCGCCCCGGGGGCUCAUGAUGGGGCUGAUCUUCGCGAAACUGUGGAGCCUCUUCUGUAACCAAGAACACAAAGUAAUUAUAGUGGGACUGGAUAAUGCAGGGAAAACCACCAUUCUUUAUCAAUUCUUAAUGAAUGAGGUGGUUCAUACGUCUCCAACUAUAGGAAGUAACGUUGAAGAAAUUGUUGUGAAGAACACACAUUUUCUUAUGUGGGAUAUCGGUGGUCAGGAGUCACUGCGGUCAUCCUGGAACACGUAUUACUCCAACACAGAGUUCAUCAUUCUUGUUGUUGAUAGCAUUGACAGGGAACGACUAGCUAUUACAAAAGAAGAAUUAUACAGAAUGUUGGCUCACGAGGAUUUAAGGAAGGCUGCAGUCCUUAUCUUUGCAAAUAAACAGGAUAUGAAAGGGUGUAUGACAGCAGCUGAAAUCUCUAAAUACCUCACCCUUAGUUCCAUUAAGGAUCAUCCUUGGCACAUCCAGUCCUGCUGUGCUUUAACAGGUGAAGGGUUAUGCCAAGGUCUAGAAUGGAUGACUUCUCGGAUUGGUGUGAGAUAACUUUUUUGCUCGAAAGAGACUGCUCUAUUUAUUCUGUGACAUGAACAUUUUUUCCUAGUACCUUUGGCUGCUAAGGCAGCAGCAUGUUUAAUUUAUAACAACACAAACCUCUAUGAGCAACACUUGAAUCAAGUGCAGCCGAACUGGAACAUAAAAAAGAUUUUUUUUUCUUAACUUUUUUUUAAAUGCACUAAUCUUCAUUUGGAUGAAUAUGAUGUAUAACAAUGUUUUCAGCAACAGAAUUCUUCUGACUGCUUAUUCUAAUGAUUUGCUGACUACCUUGUAAGGAAUCUGCCAUAUGUUUUCUUAAGUAUUGUAAUAACUUUAAUGACCAGUUCUUUCAUUUACUGACCACCUCUUUUUGCCACCCAGAUGAUGAAUGGUUUGACAGAGUAGUAGUGGAAAUCUAAGUACUGCUUACAAACUGAAUCCACAUUAAACAUUUACUCCCUCCAAAACAUAUUUUUUGGACAGAACUUAUUACAGAAUAUUCAGCUUUCCCAGAGAGAGAGAGAGAGAGAGAGAGAGAGAGAGAGAGAGAGUGUGUGUGUGUGUGUUUGCAUUUAUAUGGGGACUGGAGAGAUAUCUCAAAGGGCUGAAUGCAUACUUUGCAUGUGGAAAUCCUGGGUUUGAUUCCCAGCACCACUUUGUCCCCUCAGCACCUCUGAGUGUGGCCCAAACAAUAAAACAUCUGUGUGUGUCUGUGUGUCUGUCUGUGUGUGUGUAUAACACAUCAUGAAAACUGCCUUUAAAUGAAUUCAGUUUCCCCAAAAAAGUAAUUUUUAAGUUUCUAAUAUUAGCAUUGAAAUUAAGCGGACUACUUAGAUAAAAGAGUAGAGUCCUUUCUUGCCUAUAACCCAUAAUUAGUUUUGUUAUAAGCUAAUCAAAUUAUUUAUUUGAAAACCCAAUUCUGAUGGUAAAUAUUUUGGAUAAAUCUGGUAUAUUUAAAGUAUCACAUUACUCACUGCAUCUAUAACUAUUGGAAAUUAGUAAAGCAUACCAGCACUAAAUGAAAAGAACACACUUGGAAUAUAUUUUACUACCUAUUACAAAGCCAUUUUUUAUCAGUAAAAAACUCAGCUAUUCCUUUUACAAGGAACAUUAUAUCUGCUUAGGAAAUAGUUCAUUUUAUUUCUUAAAACUCAAAAUUGUAUCUGUAAUAGCAUUUCUACCACCAGCAGUAUAUCACUUAAAAAAAACCACUUGGUUUUCCUUCUAUUUUUGAAUCUUCACUGCAGACAGGCUUAGGCUAGUGGCCAGUUCACAAUUAUGCCUCAUAUUCUGUGUCUCUUGAUGGAUGCUAGGAAAUGCUGAAUUUUAACCCUAACAUUUAGAACGCUAUUUACUAGGAGAGACUCAAAGCUAAUACACUGACAA